AUGGAUGGGGCAUCUACCGCUGCUUCAUGCAUCACGGCCGUGUCGUCUGGCAACGUCAUGCAUCAGAUUGACCAAAAUUGGGUGACAAAUGGCGUGAUCGGUGAAAACCACGGACAGUAUGAAGGUUGUGAGUAUGGCCAGUAUUUCACUCCUCAGACACGGACCUGUGCAUUUGUGUCAAAUGGGGCGCAUAUCAGCAUCGAAUCCGCACCGCACAUGAGGCACUCAGCAUCUUGGUACUCACCCACUCCACCACGAGCAGCUUUCUCAACUGUAGAACAGAUCGGUCAAGAUUUCCACACGUCUUCCGCUUGUUUUAUCAACAGCCUCAACUACGCGAACAAUCAUUCAGCGCAACACUCACGCUCAGCAUUGGUUGUGCCAACGUCAACCACAGAAGGACUGAAGAAUAUGUCAACACCGACCGAACCGUCUCAGCAGAACAUCGGUGCCAUCCAGAUGGACGCCGCUACUAUCGCCUCCGUCACAAACCCGGACUCGAAGUCGGCAGCACCUGCCUCGGCCUGGAGUAUGACAUCCAAGGUCGAGGAGACCAGCGGCCCAAUUCGUGCCGCUUCCGACGGAAAGAUUUUCGAGGAGCAGACAGGCGACAUCAUCCACCUCGACAUCCCGGACGAUGAGGCUCAACAGUACUACGCUGAAUUCGACGGGCACGCUGACAUCCGCAAAUAUGCCAUCCCCGAGUUGAAGAACGGCGCCACAGCCGCCGAAGACCCUCGUGCGCGCAAGCCUAUCACCCGCGUCAUCAAGAACUGGUGGACAGGCUCUUCUCGUGCCCCGCGCAACAAGCCUCAGUGGAUCUUCCAGGUUGCCGACGUGAAGCCCACCACGCACAUUCUCAACGAGAUGGUUCAGACACGUCGUCAUCAGGGUGGCGCCGACGUUCGUCGCACGAUGAUCAAGAUCAUGAAGCGUUUCUGGAAUGCGCACUUGGUGCAGGAGUUCGGGCACGACUGGGCCUCGAAAGCUGACGAGCGCGACGAGCAAAUGAAGGAGAUGGAGGACUUCUUGAUCGAGCUGGGGGACGUAUCGGACAGGAAGAAGGUACAGCAUGACGAGGAGGGUGCUGAGGGUUCCGAGCGUCCAGCUCCGAACAAGAAGGGCUGGCUUUGGUGA